AUGGGCCCGAGCACCCUGGAGUUGGGCCGCGUCUGCCUCUUGGGCCUUGGCGAAGGAAAACCAAGUCCCGGUCCAUCAGCGGCAUCACCGGCAGUGGCAUCAGGUGUGCUGCUCACACUCUACAUCUCCGUCGCGCUCGCCACAUACAUCCUCGACAUGAUCAUCGUGCAGAGGCAGGCCAGCUUCUCGCGCGCCGCCUACGCCGCGUCGGCAACCGGGCUCCUCGUCCUGCUCUUCCUCCCCCUCGCCGUCGUCGUCAGGCAAGAGUACCGGAUCAAAAAGGAGCUCGAGGACACUCCGAGUCACGCGCCCGCCGUGAUGGUGACGGUCGUUGAGAAAUCCACCGCCAUGCCAUUGGCCGAGCCAGCGAGCACCACUACUACCGAUACGCCACCGGCUUCCUCUUGCCUGGGCUCCUUCUUGCGGCACACGUUCAACCCGCCGGCGCACGGCGUGGACUACUCCAUCCCGCAGGCGCUGGGGCAGAUCGGGCUGUCGCUGGGCUACCCGCCCAAGAGCGUGGACGCCUUCGUCUCCCUCAUCAGCGUGUGGAACUACGCCGGCCGCGUCACCGCCGGGUACGCCUCCGAGGCGCUCCUGUCGCGGUACGGGUUCCCGCGGCCGCUGGCGCUCACGCUCGUCCUCCUCGCGUCCUGUGCCGGGCACCUCCUCAUCGCCUUCGGCGUCCCGUGCGCGCUCUACGCGGCGUCGGUGCUCAUCGGCUUCUGCUUCGGUGCGCAGUGGCCACUGCUGUACGCCGUCAUCUCCGAGCUGUUCGGGCUCAGGUGCUACCCCACGCUCUACAACCUGGGCGCCGUCGCCAGCCCCGUCGGCGCCUACGUGCUCAACGUGCGCAUCGCCGGCCGGCUCUACGACGACGAGGCCGCGAGGCAGCACGGCGGUGGAUCGCUGGGCGCCGCCGCUGGGGACAAGGCGUGCUUCGGUGUGGAGUGCUUCCGGACGUCGUUCCUCGUCAUCACGGCCGCCACGGUGGGCGGCGCGCUCGUGUCGCUGGUGCUCGUGUGGAGGACCAGGGACUUCUGCAGGGGUGACAUAUACGCCAAGUUCAGGGACGGAGUGGUGGUGAAGGAGUCGCUGGCUGAUGGUGGCCCGUCGGCGGCGGAGCAGCGGCCGAGCGAGGAGGGCAGUUGA